AUGGAUCCAAGCCAGUCUUUCAAUCAGCCUCCAGGGGCUUCAAAUUCAUCUGAGAAAUCAGCAGCACCACCAGCAUACCAGCACAAUCCAAACCAGCCGGUUCCCCAGGGCCCCUACACCCAGGGGCCAUAUCCAGGACAAGCUGUGGUCACUGUGCAGCCUGCAGUUUUUGUGACCGCUGCUCCAUUGGCCAAUCCAGUGCCAGAUUACCUGGGUUACUCCAUUUUUACCAUGCUGUGCUGCUGCUUACCUCUGGGCAUUGCUGCGCUGAUUUACUCCAUCUCUACUCGAGAUGCCAACUUCUCAGGACAGCGAGAAUUAGCAGAGAAGAACUCCAAAACGGCGCUCAUCCUGAAUCACAUCGGCCUUGGUAUUGGCCUCGUUGUCAUUGUAUUGUUCACUAUCAUCCAGAUUGUGAUUUUGACUGCUAGAUAAAAGCUGUUAGAGCUAACAUGGUUGGAUGUAGAUUACAAACUGUUGUUUUCUGUAUUAGUUUUACUGUAUUUUAAAUGUUACUUUCACAAUUUAUCAUUAUUCUUAUAUGCAUUAAGACUGAUUAUUGUAUGUUUAAAUAAACU